AUGGCUAUCGUCCGCACCACGGUUAUCACGGGUUUGCUUGGCACUUCGAGCGCAGCCGCCUACCUGGCCGCCCGGAACCCCGUCAUCUCCCCUCUAGCCGCCAACGACCCCAUCUGGGCCUCAAAGCUCUUCAAAAAACACAACCCCUCGCGCAACCCGGCUACGCAGGACGUCUGCAUCAAACGCAUACCCUUUAGCAAGAUCCGCGCGGAGCUGCUGCAGAACGACGGCCCGCUCGUCCUCGAGUUCUGCCGGGGCGUGUGGAGCGGAUGGGGCUUCGCCGUCCAGCGCCGCUAUCUCGACUUCAAGUGGCGCGGCCCCGAGACGAGCCAGCACCUCUGGACCAACGAGCAGCUUGCAGACAGCACCUACGAAAAGGGCACCGCCAUCACGGAUCACUUUGAGGUCGUCGACAAGACACCCACCGCCAUCACCGUGCGCUGCGGCGACUCGCCCAGGAACCAGCCCCUACGACCCUCGGACGGCCUCUUUGAGAUUAGCGCCACCAUUGACAGGCAACGCGAGGAGGUCGAGCUGCGUCUCAAGAGCUGUCUGUUCUCGAGCCAGGGCAAGAUGGACGGGGUCAAGGGCCCGAUGCCCUCGUGGAUGGAGGAGCUGCACCAAUGGUACGCGAGGAUCUGGGCCGAGACGGGAUCCUGGAAGCUCCUCAAGUAG